GAACUACUCGGUGACAUUUGGGACCCUGAGAACAUCCACUGUGGCAUUACUUACACCACUGGCAAUGGCCAACGUCAUAAAUCUGCCUUUAUUUCUUUUCUUUUCCCUUCUCUCCUCCCUUCCCAUUCUCCCCACCCGUCAUCCUUCCUCCUUCCCUCUUUCUUUCUCGCAGGCCAUCAUUUGCUUUUGGUUUUCCACAGUGCCACUUUACUGGUAUGCCACUUGGCUGGAGCUGUGGACAAUCAACACUGUUUAGAAACACACUGUCCCAGCCUUUUUCCUUGUUGGCCGUCUGAAGGCAAGAUGGGUCACCAGCAGCUCUCCUGGAGUCACCAACACAAGUUCACCCAGGGUUCUCGCUCUUGCGAAGUCUGCUCUAACCACCAUGGUCUGAUCCAAAAAUAUGGGCUGAAUAUGUGCAGUAAGUGUUUCUGUCAGUAUGUGAAGAACAUGGGCUUCAUUAAGUUGAGACUAAGAGACCUUGGAUUAUAA